UAUGCUUAUCGAGAUUCAAUUUAAUCCGGGUCCCGGUCGGUCAUGCAGUUGUGCAAGCGAAGCUUCUUGAGCCUGCUGAGGUCACUAACUUAGCUUGGUCCUGGUGCCAUUCGAGCUAUACUUCUUCGGUCACAAAAAGUCGCCCAAUCUAUUCUUCGUCAACACACCCGUUUUUUUUUCGCGGCAUGGUUAUUCGUUCAAACCGGUGGCCAAUGAGCGAAAUUGCAAAGUUGUCAACACCAACGAUGGCAUGCCUGCCUCUUUUCCAAACCACGAUCGCUAGCCUCAUUUUUUUUCCCUCCUUUCGCACUCUCCUUCUGACCAUGUCGAGCUGCACCCUUCCAACCAAAACUUGGCCGGUAAUUCGCCCCCUCAGCUGAUUGCCCGAAAGUCAUCUCACCAAGCGGGUUGUUUGCACACAACUACGUACUCGCCCAUAGACCUAUCCUAUCUCUUGUCAAAUUUUUUGC